GCCUUUUCAUUACAGUCACCGAGACAUAGGAGACAGGACCCAAUAAUACAUGAGGACCAUGCUGAUCUGAGCCCCUCCCUGAGCGAAAGUGCCAACACCGAGGCAAACAUGGAGGCAGGGAGACAAAAGGAAAGCCCAGAAGGACAAAAGAAACCCCUUGGAUAAGUAAAAAGACACACACACACACACACACACACACACACACACACACGCAUGCAGAAAAAAAUGCAUGAAAUGAAAAUUCAUGAAAAUGUCAUGGUCUCUGACUGAUUAUAAUUAUUUUUACUAAGCUUUACAAUUUUAAUUACAAUUCGACAGAAUCAUAAAAAUGAUCUUACCGUAUGACAACACGACAGUGCAUGAUAAGAUCAGCAAUUUCAUUUAGGAUGGACAUACCAGUGAGUUCACAACCUUUCAGGCUUAGCUCUAUAACUCAGGGAGCAAAAAGGACAUUCAGCAUCCACAAUGUCUGCCUCAUUGCGCACACUGAAUGCACGCUUUGUCAUAGAAAAAAACCUACAAUCGCUUUAUUAUAAUGAAAUAAUCACUUUUUAUCUUGACAUAAUCCAUCACAUCAACGUUUCUUCCUGCUGCGACAUUGCAUUUGUGAAAACAGUACUGUAUCUGUUUUGAUUCAAAUGAACAUCCUGAACGGUAGAUGGCGGUAGUCACCUCAAUAAUGACUGUUUGAACUAGUUACGCCAGAUGAAGAACAAGGUAUAAACAUCAGAAAACGGCCAUCUACUCUUCAGCUGGCGACCACCUUAAAAUGCCUUCUGUUAAGAUAUUAAGAGCAUUUGUCAGUGAGAGGCUGACUGCGGCUGCUGAGGAGAUUAUGAUGAUGUUUGAGAAAACAAUAGCCGACUAUGAGGACGAGAUCAAGCAUCAUCGCAGGCUGCUGGGAGCUGCUCAGCUAUCCAGCAAAACACUCGAUGACCGCGGAUCAGAUGUAUCCCAGUGCAUCCAGCCUUUGCUAAUCAGCAUGAAGAUCCCCCCUGUGGAUCAAGAGAGCAGCCAAAGUCUGGAACAAAAAGCUCCAAUGCCUCCACUCGUCAAAGAGGAACUGGAAGAAGUCUCGACAAGUCCCAUGUUAAAUCACUGUCAAAAAUCAGAAGAGAUGAAUGCCUCUUUGGAAAAUGAAGUGGUGAAAGAGAACCCACUUUCCUCCACUAUGCAGCAAAGACAAAGUGUUGAGGACAGACAGGCAGCUUCUACUACUUGCACUUUAUGUGAGAAAGUUGAAUGUGAAGUGAAUGAAGAAGGCUGUGGAAGCUCUGUGGCGUUUUUUGACUUGGAUGCAGCUAAUGUCAUAAAAGUAACUCAAAAUAGUCCGCCUGCACUUUUGAAGACAGACGACUUAAAUAAUAGCAGGAACCAGACUAUUGAUCGUCAGCCACUUUUGGACUCAUGGAAGUACAGUGAUCCUGAAACACAGCUUAGCUCUCGUAAUCAGGUGAAGUGCACAGAGUGUGGUAAAAUAUUCAAAUACAACCAUAAUUUGCAGAGGCACAUGUCAUGUCACACUGGAGAGAAACCAUUUGGCUGUAUUGAAUGUGGCAGAAAAUUUAAUCAAAAGGCAAGUUUGGACAGGCACAAAAGAAUACACACAGGAGAGAAGCCUUUUAGUUGCAUGUUUUGUGGGAAAAACUUCACUCGGAGGGGAUCAUUGACUUCACACAUGAGAUUUCAUACUGGGGAGAAGCCUUUCACCUGUGCCAUAUGCAAGAAGAGUUAUAAUAACAGAGGGACACUAGUAAAGCACAUGAGAGCACAUGACAAUUACACACGAUACAACAGUGAAAUAAACUAGCAGUUAAAAUGUGAAUGAUAUUGGGCUUUACGCCGACUAUUUCCAUGAUAUCACAGAAUCAUAUCACUGUAUACUGUGAUCCUUUCGAAAUACAGUACAGUGGUACCUCUACUUACGAACAUUUCUUUAUAUGAAUUUUUCAAGUUACGAAACGUCUCAACAGGAAAAUAU